AGCAGCAACACACGUUUCUAUUUGGGGGGCGGCACUGUGUGAGGUGUGCGGACUGACGACACGUGAAUGGAAAUAUCGACAGAAUAUAGUAUAAUUAAAAACAAAAGUGCAGAUGUAAAUCAACUAUGCACGGGGAACUAAUUAUGAUGAUCAAAUCUUGUCAGGAUUAAAUGAUUGUACAUGUGGUGUAACAUUAGAAUAAAACUCCACUGACGGAAUGCCUCGGAAUCAUUGAAUUGCAAUCAACGACGGAGCAGCACGGACUAUCGAUAGGCUUAUGUACUGCCUGUAGCCUGUUCGACUCCUCUCGUACGACAGCCUACUGAGAUCGGUGUCUAGAGAAUCGGUAUGGUAGUUUAAGAACAGCGAUGUCGGCCUGGCAGUUGAUGCGGCACGCACCUGUAGCCUGCUGCCAAAGGACCAGGUUGAGACGGCAGAGAGACACACUGAUUGGCUGGAGGAAGCUGUGGAGAGAUGACGCACCAGAGUGUCCAGAGGACUGAUCCAAGAUGACUACAGACAACUGAGGAGGAUUAAGAGACUCUGAGAUGGUAUCUGGAGGAGUCCCCAGAUCAUAACGUCUGACGUUAGAACCUUCCGGACAGUACUCUGUCACCUUGUCACUGCCAGAGCUACCAAAGGUGUUGUGUAGUCCGUUCAAAUCGAAAGAGAAACUGUAAGAGGCGCCGGGGAUUAUGGGACGUUGGACCCGCGGUGGAGUGACUCCUGGUUAGUUCCCAGGGGGGCCCAAUGAGUGGUAGCAGCCAUAACACCAGCCUGCUACGGGGCCGCCGCUUCUACUGUCGGGAAUGGGCCCUGGAAAAGCUCCAGCGCUGUCUGGAAGCCAAGCCCGCUCCUGGCCGGCCACCGGGGAUCCUGGUAACUGGGGGUCCCGGGGCAGGAAAGACAGCUCUAUGCACGGAGGCAAUAUGGCCCAACUCGGACGCAGGGAUGCGGGUCGGACUGGCGCCCCAUUGCCUUGCAUUUCACUUCUGCCAGCGGGAGGACGGGGGGAGCGUGGCGGUGUGGAGGUUUGUCCUGGGACUGGUGGAUCAGCUGAGGGUCAGCCCCCUCCUCCCCCUGGGGUACAGGGACACACUGGACAGCCCGUUGGUGGCUCCCACCCUGGAGCCCCUACACUGCCAGAGGGACCCGGAUGACACUUUCAAAAGGGCGGUGUUGUUUCCCUUGCUGGACCUCCCUCCCCCAGAGAAGUCCCUAUUCCUGGUGGUAGACUCACUGGAAUCGGGGUAUGGGGCCGGUGAGGUGUCCAGCUGUGCUGGGGCUCCAGGGAGGAGCAGCUCUAUCUCAGAGCUCCUGUCCAGUCACCAGCACCUCCUGCCCAACUGGCUGCUCCUGGUCUGCUCUGUGCGCAGACAGAACAAGGCUGUGUGUAAGAUGUUCUCAGGUUUCCGUAAACUGUGUCUGGACGAUCUGCGUAAACCUGCGCCGGUACGUGACGUGCAGCACUAUAUCCUGCGGAGGCUGGACCAGGAGGGUGCGCUCCGUCGACAGCUGACCCCCGAGACGGCCGACAUGCUCAACUUGCUGCACAUCAAGAGUGGCGGCUGCUUCCUGUUUCUGGAACGCGUUCUAGACGGCGUGGCGGGAGCCUUGGUGGGGCUCCGGGAGAUCCGGGACAUCCCCGGGACCCUCAACGGCCUCUACUUGUGGCUCUGUCAGAGACUCUUCCCCAGAGGCCUGUUCCUCCAAGUCAGGCCCCUCUUCAACGCCCUACUGGCCUCCCCCAGGCCCCUCACCACCCAGGUGCUCUACACCGCCACCUGGACCCAGGACAUGUCCCUCAGCCUUCUGGACUUCCAGAGCAGGCUGAAGGCUCUGUCUACGCUGCUUAUCGACGGGCCGGGAGGCAGAAAGCUCCUGUUCCACACUAGUUUUGCAGAGUGGCUGACGGACGUGAAGUACUGCACCCAGAAGUAUCUGUGUAGCGUGUCUGAGGGACACACCAUGCUGGCCAUGGCUCUCACCCUGCGCGCCCCACACCUUAACACAGAGGACACCUGUCAGAUGGGCUCGCACCUGAUCAGCUCAGGCAUGCACAAGGACAACCCUGCCCUCCUGGCCCUGUGGCUGUUGUGGGCUGAUGUGCCCCCUCUGGCUAGCCCCUUUUCCCCCUCUUCCCCUGCCUCUCAGCCGCCUGUCCUGGUCAGGCAGGAGGUCCUCCAGCUGCUGAUGAAGAGUGGGGUGUUCCCUCCCUCCUGCGCCCCAGAUGGAGGCCCCAGCGUGGGGGUACAUUGUGCAGGAGGUGGGGGAGGCAUCAUCGGGCAGGCACUGGAGAAGCAGGACACAGUGAGGGUGCUACUGGACAGCGGGGUCAGCGUGAACCGGGCCGACCCCACAGACGGACGCACCCUCCUGGCCAGCGCGGCCCAUGCAGGCUCAGCCGAAGUGUCCGACCUACUCCUGACCCGAGGGGCUGACCCUCUGAUCAGUGACCACCAGGGCCAGACCCCCUUAACGCUGUCUGCCAGGCAGGGCCAUGUCAGGGUGCUGGGGAUGCUGCUGGACUGGGCCAGGGGGCUGGAUCUGGAGGCCGGCGUGGGGAUGGUGGAGCAUGCAGACAGCGAGGGCUGGACGGCCUUACGGUCAGCGGCCUGGGGGGGUCACACCGAGGCCGUGCACCUCCUCCUGGAUGCAGAGGCGGACGUGGACGGGUGUGAUGCUGAGGGCCGAUCGGCACUGAGGGCGGCGGCCUGGGGGGGUCACGAGGAGAUCCUCCUCACUCUGCUGGACCACGGGGCGCAGGUGGACAAGGUCGACCGGGAGGGCCGCACUCCACUGAUUGCCGCCUCCUACAUGGGCCAUCGGGAGGCGGUAGAGAUCCUGCUGGACCACGGGGCAGAGGUCGACCUGGCCGACGGAGACGGCCGUACUGCCCUGUCAGUGGCUUCUCUCUGUGUGCCCACAGCGGCUGGAGUCAAAGGUUACGGCGAAGUGGCCAGCCUGCUGUUGGAGCGAGGGGCGGACCCGGGGCACAAGGACCAGGAUGGGAUGACCCCGCUGCUGCUGGCUGCGUAUGAAGGUCACGAGGAGGUGGUAGAACUGUUGUUAGAGGCUGGGGCAGACGUAGACGAGAGCGCCGGGCCACACGCCGCUGCCGCUUCUGCAGCCGUCACCCCGCUGUUGGCGGCUGCCGCCAUGGGCCAUUCCGCGACAGUGGGCAGGGUGUUGUUCUGGGGCGCUACAGUGGAUGGCAUCGACGGGGAGGGUCGUACAGCUCUGAGCCUGGCAGCAGCACGGGGCAGCGUGGAGGUGGUCAGAGCACUUCUGGACCGAGGGCUGGAUGAGAACCAUAAAGACGAUCUGGGCUGGACCCCUUUGCACGCCGCCGCCUGCGAGGGCCACCGGGGGGUCUGUGCCGUCCUAACGGAGCGUGGGAGCAUGGCGCGUGUCGGAGAAAUGGACAUCGAGGGACGGACUCCCCUCAUCCUGGCAGCGCAGGAGGGCCACUGUGGCACGGUGAGGCUUCUGCUGGACCGCCGCUCGCCCAUCGACCACCGGGCGUACGACGGCCACUCUGCGCUGAGCGCCGCCGCCCUGGAGGGCCACGCUGAGGUGGUGGAGCUACUGAUGAGGCGGGGCACGGACACGGACGUACGGGACGCAGAGGGCCGUCCGCUGCUCUACCUCCUGGUCCUGGAGGGACAUCUGGACAUGGCUGCCCUCAUUAUGGAGAAAGGGGGCGUGCCCCUGGAGUCCCGGGACGGGGAGGGGCGCACGGCGCUGCAUGUGGCCUCCUGGCAGGGCAACCUGGAUGCAGUGGGGCUGCUGUUGAGCCAUGGGGCGGACCCUAACACCCAGGACGGGGAGGGACGACCCCCCUUGCACUCCGUAGCCUGGCGGGGUCAUGUUGAGCCUGGUCGUCUGCUCCUGGAGGUCAGGGGGGUCAACGUGGAUCUGGCCUGCAGACAGCAGGGGGCCACGGCACUGAGCAUCGCGGCUCAGGAGGGCCACGCCAAUAUCGUUGCCAUGCUACUGGAGGGAGGGGCCAACCCAGACCAUGUAGACAAGUACGGCCGCAGCCCCGUCAAGGUGGCCGGGAAGAGGGGCCACUUCACCAUCGUCAGGCUGCUGGAGAGCUACGGAGCCAAACCGUACUCAGUCCGUCUGCCGCCGUCCAACACCCGGUCGCCCAAGUCAUCCACUGUGAAGAGCCCGUCCUCCGUCGGCUCAGGGAGUAACGUGGCCCAGGCAGGGCGUCAUCAUGGUGCUAGCACCUCCACCUCCUCAGCCUCCUGCUCCCCAGGCUCCACAGCCGAGCACUUCCACUCCAUCCAUAGCUCCCAGACAUCCUCCUCCACAGCCCACUCCCAGGCCACGGUGCAGACUGUCCCUGCUGACAGCUUGUCCUUCACCCAGCAGAUCCAGCAGCACUCCCUUCCACGCUGUCGCUCCCGUCACUCCACCCUGCCUCCACCUGGCUCCGCCCGUGGCAGCCUGCACGGAACCAACCACAGGGCCCAGUGCCCUAAGGCCAGCCCUCCUCCACCUACCCUCUGCACAGUCACGGCCAUGGUGCAUGACUCUGAACAGACUUACAAAGGCUACCCAGCAGGGUUCGACUAUCCCAGUAAACACGACCCCCCCAGCCUGAUCCAGGAGGAGAGGUCUCAGUACGGAGGGGGUAGGUGGAACUCUGUCAUGGCUUCUCUAGGGGUGACGCCUGGACAAGAUGGCCCCAAAAACAGGGACAGUCUCCCUAUGGGCUACCCCUACCAGGUCCAGAGCCCGGCUCAGAGAGAGACAUGGGAGGAGAACCGGAAGAUGUCUAUAACCGCCGGUAGUGCCUUAUCUCCUCCCUGCAUGGUGGUCAUGACGACCACGGACCCCCAGCUCAACCUGAAACAGGCCAUCAAGCUGCAGUUUGAAGGGCCCACCAGCGCUGCCUUAUACAAGAGGGAGACGCCCCUGUGAACUCUGACCUAACGAUGCUGAGUAUAGUGACCUGUUAUGACCAGAAAUCAAUUUUCACGAACUUCCCACUCAAAAGAAACUGUUAUUUGGACACCAGUUUCUGUUACUUAGUGUCCAUUUUUCUAUUUCAUCACAUUAACAUUUAACAUUUAAGUCAUUUAGCACAUUGAUCUUCCCCAGAGUUAAAGUCAAGUCUACAGUGGUAUUAUAUUAUAUAAACCACCUUUUAAAACCAGAGCUUCAUUACACCGUGACCUCUCAUAGAGGGCACGUCGCAAAACUACGUCCUGUCCUAUUUAGAGGAAUGCCUGGCGUUUUAAUGACAGCAUUCUCUGUUGUGGGUUCUAGGUGGACGUGGGAGUUCAAGGGUCCGUUUUCAGAACGGAUAAUGGUUCUUACGGGGCAGAGGAGAGCAGAAGGGGCAUCUCUCUCACCCCCCCCCACAGACUUCAAAGCCGUUUACAUUCCAGACUUUUUCCGUCGCCUGUUCUGAGCAGCUAAAUAGUGGACACACACACACACACACAUUCCUCAGACACAAAGCCUUGUGCCAUGGACAAGUCGGAUGGAGAGGGGCUAUCGGUCCACCCUCCUGCUGAUCUACCACACAGAGACAGGCCAGAGUGUGUGUGACAGUUCUCUGACCAGAGAGAGAGAGAGAGAGAGAGAGAGAGAGAGAGAGAGAGAGAGAGAGAGAGAGAGAGAGAGAGAGAGAGAGAGAGAGAGAGAGAGAGAGAGAGAGAGAGAGAGAGAGAGAGAGAGAGAGAGAGAGAGUGUGUGUGACAAUUUUGUGACACACAGACCCAACACAGGGCUGUGGUCUCACCAGGGUUUGACGCUUAACCAAUCAUCAAUGGACUUCUUCAGAAAUCAAACGUUUCUACUCUACGGGGGAUGAAAAACAUUCAUUUGAAGCCACCACAGAACAGCCAAUAUACGUGUGAAAGAGUUCUCACUAAGAUGAGACGAGAUGGGCAAGGAGACCCACGACAACACACUCACACAGGACUUAAGAUCGUUUUUUUUAAUAUAUAGGAGCUCUUUUUCACACCGUAGCUGUUUUGAAAGCCAUGAUUCUACUGCCUGUGUGAGGGCACUAUUGAUGCCUUGAUCUUCCUCCACAGUUUUGCUCUCUCUACUUUUCCCCCGAGACAUGGCAGGUAUUACCAGCUUGGCGUCUGUCGACGUGCAUCUAUGGGCGGCCACGAGCCAUACAAAUCCAGCAGAAAAGACCGCAGUCCCACCAAAUCUUGACCUUGGCCUACGAUGCUGUUGAAAUGACCGCUAUGUUUAUGACAUUAUUAACCAACCAGCAGGCGGAAUGUUCCAGCACACUCUGAGUAAUGCCGUUGGAAAGGAACUGCUACUGGUGACAUAAAUCUAACGAUAGAUUAGAAAAGAGAGACAGAAAGUGGGACUUUAGCUAUUCAUUUUAAAUCAUUGAUCUGGCCUAAGUGUUGUCCAUUUGUCCUUGUUGCCAUUUUAUUCACAUUUGAAACCAUAAUGCCGUUCUUUAAUUAAAAUUGCAGACGUGCUGUAACUAAUGUCCAA